GGGGGCACGAACGACAUGUCGUCUCUAACGGUGUCGUGUCUUCGCACUUUUUCUGUUUUGAAGCAAAACAAAUCGUUUUUAUUUUCGUUGUUGGAAACUCGUAGUAAAAAGGAGCACGCAGAUAUAAAUUUCCAAAUCCCUAAACCCCCUUUCCUUUCUGCUCGGCCUCGCUUCCCGCCACCGCCACCGCCACCACAGCCUUCUCUUCUCUUCGUCAGGUAUAAAAUGCCGAAGGUAAAGACUAACAGAGUCAAAUACCCAGAAGGUUGGGAACUAAUUGAGCCUACGCUUCGCGAACUGCAAGCUAAGAUGAGAGAAGCUGAGAAUGAUACUCAUGAUGGUAAGAGAAAAUGUGAGACCUUGUGGCCUAUUUUCAAAAUAGCACAUCAAAAGAGCCGCUACAUUUUCGACCUUUACCACCGGAGAAAAGAAAUUUCCAAGGAGUUAUAUGAGUUUUGUCUGGACCAAGGCUAUGCUGAUCGCAAUCUAAUUGCAAAAUGGAAAAAGCCUGGUUAUGAACGGCUCUGCUGUUUAAGAUGCAUGCAGCCCCGGGACCAUAACUUUGCCACCACGUGUGUUUGCCGAGUUCCUAAGCAUCUGAGGGAGGAGAAGGUUAUCGAGUGUGUGCAUUGCGGCUGUAGGGGCUGUGCCAGCGGAGAUUGAAUAGUGGUCGGGUCUGUUCUUCAAAAUGUAAUUCUAAUGAUGCUUGAACCAGGUUAUCCUCGGUACCAUGAAUUGUGGGGAAUUUGUAACAUGUAGCUGAUCGUAAUCUUCAUGUAUCUUGCUAUGGAUGAGUUUAAAGUGUUCCUAACCGGUUUGUUGUUUCGGAAACUUUGCUCUUGAUGAAUGAUUAUGAAUUCCGAUUGCACAUGGAUCGUGUUUUCUUCUGAUAA